GACACGGAAAGCGAAAGAGCAGUUCAAGAAGCUCUGAAUGAGGCUAGAAAGGAGCGUACCACACUUUGCAUCGCUCACAGACUUUCCACGAUCAGAGAUGCUGAUAAAAUCAUCGUUUUCGACGAGGGUAAAAUCGCUGAAAUGGGAACUCACGAUGAACUUAUGGCAAAAGAAAACAGCAUCUAUAAAUGUAUGGUAAAAGCUCAAGAAAUCUCCAAAGGACAGGAAGACACCACUUUAGACGACGUAGAUCCAGCUGAGAUCCAUCGAGGUGUAGGUAGAGAAAAGCCUGCCGUGACUGAGGAGGACCUGAAGCGAAAAGCCAGUCUUGCUAGGGAAUCCGCGCGAAUUCGACAGAGUAUGAUCAGCACAGUAACAAAUGAGCAGGAGUGGGAAAUUGAAUGCGCUCGUGAAGAAUUAGCCGAAGAAGGAGCGCUAGAAGCUUCACUUCUCGACAUUUUUGCUUACGCAAAGCCAGUGAGUACUUAA